GAAGAGAAGAAGAAGAAGGAGGAUGAUGAGAAGGCUACGAAGGAAGAAGAAGCGAGAGUUGAGCUCGCGAGGAAAAAAACAAAGGAGGAUGAGGAUGCAGAAAGAAAGUGGGAGUUGAAGAUGCUAUUAGCGGAGCAAAGGGAAGAGUAUGAAAAGAAGAGGGAAAAGGAGAAGAUUGAGUAUGAAAAGAAGUUGGAGAAGAUGGAGCGACUUGUGAGAAAGAUGGACAUGAAUCCGGAAGGAAAAAGGAAAGGAAAACAACGGGUCGUUGAAGUGGUAAGCUCUGGAGGUGAAGAAGCCGAAGCUUCUGAUCUUGAAACACCUCUUCGGGACAAGAGAAAGCGCAGGGAUUCUACCAGAGCAGUGGAGAAUAGUCCACCAGUCGACACUCCUCUGAAAGUUGGAAGGUGUGAAGGCCCGGGAGAUGAACAAGUAACCCCAGCCAGCACGAGCAGAAGAAAGGGACGAGGCCGACCGACGAAGGCCGAAGUCGAGGCGAAGCGCAUCCUGAAUGGCGAUGAUCCGUGGGAAGGAGUUCCUGCAGGUGAUAAGUACAAGACGGAGGAAAGUUAUCAGAAAGCGAUAUCAAAAGCCCUCUCAACUUUCUAUCCGGAGACUUUGAAAGCGAUGUGUCGAGGAGCUGAUAUUUUGUUCCGAAACACCAAGGAAGCGAUCGAUGAUCUCACUUAAACAAGAGUGAUGUAUUGGGUGAGAGGAAGACGCAUCCCAGGGACGUCUGGCGCUGGUAAUCAAGCUGUGGUUGACGA